ACAUAUACUCACAAGUGUCUGAAUUGCCAGGUUGUAAAAGAAUCUAAGAAUGGAUUAGAACACAAGAAAAUAAUAGAGAAGGUGAUGACAAAGUUUCUAUAUAAUGAGAUCUAUGUCAACUAUGAAAUAUCAUAUGAGAUUCUAACUGAUAACAGUGCAAACCUUGUGAGAGAAGUGAUAAGACAUUUUAUAAGCCAGUUACAGAUAAGACAUUAUAGAACAAUGCUAUAUCAUUCACAGAUGAACAGAAAGAUGAAAUACUUGAAUGAAAUCUUGAAUAAUAUACUGAUGAAAUAUCUA